AUGAAGAAGAAGGGGAAGAGAAAGAGGCUGAUGACAAUGCUCAGCAAGAGGGUGAGAAAGAGAAAGAAAAUAGUGAGGCUGAUGAGCAAGACAAGGAAGACAGUGAUAGUGAGAGUGAGACGGAUGAAGAAGAGGUUUGAGGGAAACAUGAUGAAGAAGAAGGUGAAGAGAAAGAGGCUGAAACCAGUGACGAAGAGAAGGAGAACAGUGAGGAUGAUGAGAAAGUUGAAGAAAAAGUGGUGGAAUCUGAUGCUGAAGGCGAAGAUGAUCAAGCAGAGGUUGAAGGGAAAAAGGAUCAAGAAGAAGAAGUUGAAGGGAAAGAGUCCGAAACCAAGGAGUAAGAAAAGGAGAAAAACAAAGGAAACUCCCAAAGAUAAUCAUAAUGAGCCAAAGGUUGAGACGAAUAGAACCGAUGAAACUCCAACACCACCACGUGGGAAUCAGACGGAGGGAACUCCCACACCACCACGUGGCAGGACUAAGGAAAUGGCUGGGAGGAGACUAGUGACAAGGCCUAUGGAGGAAGAACCUGGAAAAGGUGUUGAAGUUGUUGCGGAAGAGGCUGUGGAAACAGAGGAAAAAAACAGCAAGAAAGUUGCAGAAGAAGAGAAAAAGAGGAAGAGGCCGUGA